CGCCGGAUUACAGGCUUGCUUCUCAAAGGUGAUCAUCAUUGAAUUGCAGUAAUGAAACAUUUCGUUUUUACCUACCAGCAAUCAGUUCUCCUAGACGCAAUAGCAAUUAAAAAGAUAAAAUGGUGAAUACAUAUACGACGACCUCCUCUUUCGCGAAGAAGUGUAUUGAGAAUCUUUCCACCAACGAAAUCUUCCAAUUCAGAUCGAAUUCUGUUCAAUCGGUGUGGUUUUUUCCAAGAGCAAGGUCGGGAAUUUUUAUUCUACGAAUUGAAACCAGUAGAGGCGAUUCGCAAUGUUCGUAUGGUUAUAAUAGUUCAUAAGAAAUAUUUGCGGUGUGUGCACAAUGAAUAUCGGAGCCUAUUUCAACAUCAUAUCGGCUCUUCUGACCGGUGAACAUGCAAUUCAACCGUCAGACGUCACAGGUGUCAUUUUCAAAAAUAACCAACCCGAACAAUUCGUUAGGUUAGAUUCUGAAAAUUUCUCCUUGUCAGUCGAUCCAUCAGAUACAAUAAUAUUCAUCAUCCACGGAUGGAUGGAGAGUAGAAGUGUUGCAUGGUACAAAGAAUUGACAGAUGCUCUAUUGAAGCAAAAUGAGAAGAACGUCGUUGUUCAAGUUGACUGGUCCAAGGGAUCUAAGAUGCAACGAGACGCCGCUGUAAAAAAUAAUAAGCCAACAGGUGAAAUCAUAGGAACUUUCAUAAGCAAUCUGAUGAAAAACAAUCAGUUGCUGCACUCCCAAAUACAUUUGAUCGGGUUUUCCAUGGGUGGACAAGUAUCUGGCUUUGCCGGAAAAACGGUACAGUCCCUCACCAACGAAAAAAUCGGAAGAAUAACAGCCCUAGAUCCUUCUGGGAGGAGUUACAACGAAAAACCACCCGAUCAAAGGCUCAACCCUGAGGAUGCAGAAGUGGUAGCUGUCAUUCACACCGACACUGUCCAUAUCGGUUUCCAUGACUCCUGCGGUACAGUUGAUCUCUUUGUGAACGGCAGGGUUUAUCCACAACCAGGUUGCCCAGAUGAAAUCGAUCUCAUCGAAUUGAUGUAUUGCAGCCAUUUCAGAGCUUACAGAUAUCUGAUAGAGGCUGUGAAUAAGAACAGACUGAUAGGAACCAAAUGUGAAUCAUACCAGAAGUACGAACAGGGUCAGUGUUCUGGGAAUGAAACGCUCGAUUUUGUGGGUGCCAUCUCGCCAGAAGUCAGAGGUGUUUACUACGUCAAAACAAGACCCAAGCCGCCAUUUUUUGAAUGAAUUCGAUGAAAUCGUCCUUGAUCACUUGUUUUUUCAUUAUUAUCGAAAAAUAAUUUAUUUCUAAUAAAAUUUGUGGAGUUUUCA